CGACGAGCGCAUAAGUCCCUGUACCUCCCAACCAACUUUAGAGCGUAGGCAUUGUCAGCCUCGCCUCCCCGAAAUACAGCACGAUUGACAUGAACCCUGCCUCAUAAACCAUCAUCACGGUAACGCAAGAUGGAGAAGGCAUCCCACCUCUCCGUCAUUGUCGACCUCUCCCCGACCCAAUGGCACCUCUCUGCGCAGCCGUCAAACCCGUACCCGCUUUCCAUCCAGUCCUUCCUCUCCCAGCUCCUCGCGUUCCUCAACACGCACGUCGCUGCGAAGCAUGAGAACACGCUCGCGGUGUAUGGGGCGUUGCCGGGUAAGAGCGUGCUUCUGUAUUCCUCCUCCGACCCUGCGCCUGAAAACGCACCCGCAUCCGACGCGAACGCGUUCACCCCCUUCAAGCUCGUGGACGCUACCGUCGUGGACCGCAUCAUGCAGGAGUUCGAAGCGGUGUCUGAAGCCGAGGAAGAAGCCCCAUGUUCCCUUGUCUCGGCGCUUGCGAAAGCCCUAUGUUACAUCAACCGCAUCACUCACCCUUCGACCAGCGCUGGCCCCGAAGAUCCAAAUGAGCUCCCCGACCCGCGCAUCCUCAUUCUCUCCGUCUCACCCGACCUGUCCUCAUCCUACAUCCCGAUUAUGAACUGCAUUUUCUCCGCGCAGAAGCUCAAAGUAACGAUCGACGUAUGCAAAGUAUACGGCCCCGAGACUGUCUUUCUCCAGCAGGCCGCGCAUCUCACAGAAGGGUCGUACAUACACCUCGAGCGGCGCGAUGCGCUGCUGCAGUACCUCGUCAUGUCCUUCCUCGCGCCUCCCUCGGUCCGCGGUGUCCUCGCGGUACCCCGACAAGAACGAAUAGACUUCCGCGCUGCAUGUUUCUGCCACAAGAACAUCGUAGACAUUGGCUUCGUGUGCUCCGUCUGCUUGUCGAUCUUCUGCCAACCUGUCCCUGUCUGCUCAACGUGCCGAACUAAAUUCCCCAUCAAAACGCUCCAGCGACUCAACGCAUCGCGUCCGCCUGGUCCGCCGCGCCAGGCGACGCCGCAGACCUCGCCAGCGAAGCCUAGCACAAAUGGUCAUCGUGGCUUUGGUCCAGAGCUCAACGGGAGGCCAUGACAUAAUGCGAUACAGAGAAGAGGAUGAAAAUAUCGCGAAUUUCGUUCCCGUCACAGUAUCCAUAUGCUGAUGACGCAGAUUUAGCAUGUGCUGCCAGCGCCCUCGAUGAUAUAUGUCUGUAUCAAACUGUAAUCCUCCAAUCUAGCCUGUGGGUAUGCAGCGCUACCGUCCUCC